ACCUUGAAAACAAAGAGGGAGAAUUUUACAAAAAUCGCUCGUAAAAGGAAUUAUAUUAAGAAGAAUCAUGCUGGAAUUAAUUCAGAGUGUAGAAGUUUCAGUAGGACUUGUUAUUGCUAUUGUUCUUUUGAUGGUUUACUUGACACGAAAUAACAAGAAUCUUCCCCCUGGCCCGCCAACAUGGCCAGUUCUUGGAUCCGCCAUAAAUUUACAGAAGAUUCCAAACAUGAGAGAUGCUGUUAGAGAAAUGCGCGCAAAGUAUGGUGAUGUUUUCAGGAUAACACGAUUUGGACGUCACGUAAUUUAUAUCAACGGCCUUGAAAACUUGAGAGAGAUCUUCAUCAAAAAGGCAGACGCUUUCUCGGACCGUGCGUCGAAUUACCAUUCUCAAUACAUCCUGAAAGAACAUGGCGUACUGGCUAGUUCAGGAGAAAAAUGGAAAGAGCACAGAACAUUUGCUUUGACAACACUUCGAAGUUUUGGCUUUGGAAAACGCAGCCUAGAGACCCAGAUCAUGGAAGAAGUCACUUGUUUCACUGACCAAAUCGCCGCUCUGAAAGGCAAACAUUUCGACCCAAACGACUACAUCCACGUGAGUGUCUCCAACAUCAUGUGCUCCAUUGCGUUUGGUAAACGUUACGAACACUCUGACGUCAACUUUCAACAUCUGUUGACGCUUGUCACUCAACUCGCCGCCUUGCCGCGUAAUCCCAUCCUAGACUUUUUUCCAGCGCUGGGACGUUUGCCGGGGGAUCUUUUUGGCGCCAGACAACUUGAAAGGUUGGAGGACUCGAUCCGAGUCUUUGUGAAGGGCAUUCUGGAAGACCACAAAGAGACCUUCGACGGGAUAAAUAUCAGGGAUUACAUUGACGCUUUUCUUCUAGAGCAAGCUAAGCAACAGGAAAAUGAGGAUACAACAUUCACCGAGGAACAGUUGAUUUGUACUCUCCGCGAUUUCUUUAUUGCUGGAUCGGAAACAACAACUACCACAUCAAAAUGGGCGAUUACAUUUCUCGUCAACUUUCCGGAGAUUCAAGCUAAAAUGAGGAAAGAAAUUGAUGACGUCAUUGGUGACCGUCCAGUCAGCCUCACGGACCGCGAUAACCUGCCCUAUUGUGACGCAGUCAUUACAGAAACAUUACGAUUGGGAGACAUUGUUCCCCUAUCCCUACCCCACUCCACUUCAUUUGACGUUACAUGGAACGGUUUUACCAUCCCAAAAGGUGCCACCGUGUGGCCAUGUCUGGACUCUGUCCUUAAUGAUAGUGAGCUGUUUCCCGAUCCCGAAAAGUUCAAACCAGAAAGAUUUCUAGACUCAGAGGGAAAGCGACAGGGACACGAUAAAGCAGUCAUUCCCUUCUCAUUAGGUCGUCGUGUGUGUCUCGGAGAAUCUCUGGCCAGAAUGGAACUAUUCCUGUUCCUUGUGACCAUUGUACAGAGGUUUGAGCUGAAGGUCUCCCCCGAUCACCCCGCCCCGUCCCUUACCGGAUUCUUCGGAACUGUCCAUGGGCCCUACCCAUACAACAUCUGCGCCAUUGAACGCUCCUAAAAGUACAGCUACAUUACAUAUAUCUUUGCAGCGUUCUACUGUGACGUAAAUGGUCAUUUAAAGACAAUUUCUGCAUGAUCUGGAAUAUAAGUACAAUUUGAAUCUCUUAUUAAGUAGAAUAAUUAUAUGCAUUUGAAGGAUAAAAACUAAGUGCAGAUCUAUAUGAACAAUGAGAAUGAAUAUUA